AUGGUUAAAGCUGUGGAGGCUGGGGGCUCCUUGGAUGUGGGGACGCUGCUUGCCUGCCUGGAUGCGGAGCGGCGGUGUCGGGUGUGUGGCAAACAGUUCCAGCCAAGCCCCUCAUGGAAGCAAAAACUGACGCGCCACCUCAUGACCCACUCAGGAGAGAAGCCCUUCUACUGUCCCCAGUGCCCGCACCGGGAGACUGAGUGGUUUGCAUUUACAUUGCAGGUUGACAUUGCCCGAGAAAAAUCUGCGUACACAACACUGCAGGGAGCAGAUAGAAGGCACCUUGAAUCGAGAGUCUGCGCUUCACUGCUGAACGCAGACACUAACAGUGUCAGUGGCAUGUCUGGUGUGGUGGGAGAAAAUAGCAACUUAACCAUGUCAAGAUCAUGUAGCAUUUGUGGCCAUUCAUUCUCGGGCAUUACCUGGAAACAGAAGCUCGAGCGUCACUUAUUGGUUCAUACAGGGCAGAAACCCUUCCUCUGUCCUUACUGCCCUCAUCGCACAAACCGCAAAGAUGCCCUCAAAUCUCAUGUGGUGAACCUACACAAGGCUCACCUCAUUAAUUCUAAGAUUCCUUUCCUGGUGCAGACUAUGCUGAUAAGUUCAUCUUCAGUAUGA